AUGGCGUCAACCCACGACAAGAACAAGAAGCCCCUGCCAGAGCAGGAACCUAUCACAAGCAGCCAUGAGAAGAUACUGGCAGACCUAGACAGAAUCGAGAAGCAGAUCUCCAGCAAGUACAGGCAAGCCGCUCUCUUGCUCUCGACUAUUGCUGACGGGGAUGCUGGCGAGCAGGAGGCUGCUGUUGGGUAUCACAACCUCUCCCGAGGUCGCUACGUCUUCCUCAAUCAGUUCAUGGAGGACAUGCAGACCGAACCCAGCGAGAUCCAGAACCUGACCAAGAGCGAGGAAAUCAGGUUUGCUCGGAAGCUCGCGCAGCAGCGGGAAGGAACCAAGUACAUCGUCGGCGCCUUCCUCGGAGGGACUGCCCUCUGUGUAGGAGCAGCUUACCUAGGUUGGUUGUACACCAAGCACACGCUCAAGGUGAAGGACGGUCAUGAGUACUCGGAGAGGAUGAAGGAGAUCACGCCGAGCUACAAGGAUGAGCUCCAGCAGGGCUCCUUCGGUCGCUUCAUCACAAGCACAAAGGAGUGGAUGCAAACGACGUUGAGCGAGAUGCCAUUGUUCAAGAGCUUCCAGAACGCUCUCAAGUCAGGGUUCGGCGACAUCCAGCAAGACAUUCAUAGGAGACCGUCUGCUGGCUUCAGUGCUAGGACACUGUCAGGAAGUUACCCCAAGGUCGACGUGCAGGCAAUCGACCGAAAGCUGAAAGAGAGCUCUGAGCAGUGA